GUCAGUACCCCGAUGCUGGAAGGCGCCAGUCGCGAUCUUGAGAUCGAUUGCGAGAGUGAAGAAGCUGAGACUCAGCUCGAUACUCCUGCACAGGGCACAAAGCCAAAGCCGAGAGCGAGAAAGACCAGGGCCUCUCUUGACGAGGAGGACGACACAACCUUCAAAAGAGGAGAAAGAGGGGAAGGGGAAGGAGAUGUAGAUGAACGACUUGAUUGAGUUUCUGUAACCGUAGAAAAUGGAAUCAUUUCUCAAAUUCUGUGAGC